GUAGAGGAGAGAGGAGAGAAAGUAGCUACACUGUUACAAAAAGGUCUUGCCAAAUAGAUGUUUCCGGUGAAGACGGUGUCCAUCUGAGAAAUCCACUGAAACAUAUAUCGUUUUAGAGGAAGUUGUGACUAGAACAAGACACCUGCUGGAGACGUUGGUUUGUUCCUUAGUCUUAUGAACACAAGCCAUGCUCUGUUUCAUCUGAUAACCGGCGCUGGAUUUGCCAUGAACUUAGCCUCACUUCUGAGGGACUGAUUCAUUCAACUGACAUCAACCGAUCUAGAGUCUCCUGAGGAGCUAUGACUCAAAACGGUGCCCUGACAAGCAAUGGCACUGCGAAAAAAGGUGAAGAUCUCAAGAUUGUCAUCGUUGGAGAUGGCGGGUGUGGGAAAACUUCGCUCCUCAUGGUGUAUGCCAAAGGAGACUUUCCAGAGAAAUAUGCACCGUCUGUAUUUGAGAAGUACGUCACCACCAUCUCUUAUGGAGGGAAGGAGAUUGUGCUCAACCUCUACGACACGGCCGGUCAGGAUGACUAUGACCGAUUGAGGCCCUUGUCCUACCAGAAUGCUAACCUUGUACUGGUGUGUUACGACGUGACAAACCCCACAAGCUUUGAGAAUGUGUUGAUCAAGUGGUACCCAGAGAUCAACCACUUCUGUCAGGAUGUUCCUGUCAUCCUGAUUGGCUGUAAGACUGACCUCAGGAAGGACAAGGAGCGUACCAGGAAGUUGAAAGCCUUGGAUCAGGCUCCUAUCACCUACAUACAGGGUGAUGAAACCAAGAGGCAGAUGAAUGCAGAUCUUUACCUGGAGUGCUCAGCCAAAUAUCGGGAGAACGUGGAGGACAUUUUCAGAGAGGCCACCAAGCGAGCCCUGGCUGCCAGUCGCAGAGCGAGACACCGAGCGAGGAAGAGGCACUGUGUGCUCCUGUGAGGACACACUGGGACGGUGGCCCCAGGGAGGGGACAACUGGAAGGAGACAGAGUCUAGCGGUCUGCUGAGGACGGAUUACAGAGGAGCACUGACCUGCGUUUUCUUCUCCCCCAUGUCAUCCUCAAUGACAAAACCUUCCACUGAGUUGACUUGACAAUCAACAGAACUACACCCCUAACCUCUCUCUCAUCUGGCUAGAGAAACUGAACACUGGAUGGAUGUACCAGAGCCGUUUGGUAGCUCGUAGCGAAGGAGGGUUUUGAGUCUACAGUUUGGUUUGACUCGUAGACCGGACUGGACUGAGAGUAUGAGACAAGUCUGCUUCCUUCUACUAAAUGCAGUGCUCAUAUGUGAGGAUGGGUGUGAGGCACAUUGCUCUUUGGUGUCAAAUAUCCAUUUUCAGAUAAGAUCUUCUUAUGAUUGUAUUAAGAUAUUGUUUUGUACUAAAGGUGCCCUUUUUCAGUGAUGUCUCUAUCCAUG